CUCUGAGUUAUUCUAUCCCCGGGGGUAAAAAGACUGUCUGGAAGCCUGCCGUGCUAGGAUCUGACUCGCUCUGGUGGCAUUGCUGCGCUCAGGGUUCUGGGUAUCCGGGAGUCAGUGCAGUGACCAGAACAUCAAACUGAAGCCACUGCUCAGCUCCUAAGAUGGUACCACUCAAACUGCAGGCGCUUUUCUGCCUCCUCUGCUGCCUCCCAUGGGUCCAUCCUUUUCACUGGCAAGACACAUCUUCUUUUGACUUCAGGCCGUCAGGUAAGAGGCAUUACUCUCUGAGCAACUUUAAGAUGUUGCAUGUUUUGAUAUGUGAGAAUGCAAGGACUGGGGGGAUGGCCCAGGUGAUGAAGUAGCCACUGUGCAAGCAUGAGGUCAUGAGUUUGGAUCGCCACCACUGAUGUGAGAUUUCUUUGUUAUGGGGGGAGGGGUGUAGAAACGGGAGGAUCCCUGAAGCUUAUUGGAAAACCAUUAUAGAUGACAUAAUGUGCUUCAGCUUUGGUGAGAGAUCCUGCAUCAAAAAAAGCAAAGAUGGGGGAUGAUCAAAGAGUCAUUGACCUCUGGCUCCUAUGGUCAUGUUCACACAUAUGCAUGUACACCUGAAUGUUCAUGCUCGCACUAACAAGUAUUUACAACACCCACACGCACAAGCACACACACUCACACACAUGCUCACUCACUCGCAUGCACAUACACACAGGAGCAUAUAUAUUCAGGGAAUCUUUGUUCUAGGGUAGGGAGGAGUUUCACUCUUCAAUCUUUACAACUCCAAAAGAGGAAUGUGUGUGUGUGUGUGUGUGUGUUUUUUCUUCAAUAGCAAGUCUGCAGCAUGGGCAUUGUAACACAUGUCCUGUCAGCUUGCUGUGACCAUGGAAAAAUGCCUUCAACACCUCCUUCUCUUCCCCUCCUUCAUGACCCUAGUUUAACUCCUGCCAGGUACGGGAGCAUACUUGCCUUGGAGUUUACAAGGCAGCUUCAUCGCUGUUCCAUGAAGGUAGGAUUGGUCUUGUGUCUUGACAAGCAAAGCUGGUCCUGCGGAGGUGAAGAGGCUUGCAAGAAGAUGACAGUCUGGACUCUAGAGGUCCAAAGGGACAUGGCCCUUUCUGCCUGAGAAUGAGAAGAAGCAGAGGCACGUAGAUGCCUGGACCUUCUCCAGAAGAUAAUGGCCACGGCUACUUUCUCUCUUCAGUUGUGUUAAGGAGAAGAGAUAAGGGGAUGAUGAUUUAGACAAUACGAGGAUGAGUAGCCAGUGUUCGGGAGGGACAUCUCAUGCCACCAAGAAGGGCCUAUGUUGCAAGGACAUUCCUUCUGGAGCAUUGUGAAUACCUACCUGUUCAUCUUAAAGAGCGGUGACGCACAUGGGUCUCAGUCUGUGUCCUUUGGAGAGCACAGCAGUAAUGUUUCACAAGCUCCAAUCGGUGAUGUCUGCUGCCGGCUCUGGCCAUAGUAAAAUCCCCAAAGGAAAUGGAUCGUACCCCGUCGGUUGUACAGAUCUGAUGUUCGGUUAUGGGAAUGAGAGCGUCUUCGUGCGUUUGUACUACCCAGCUCAAGAUCAAGGUCGCCUCGACACUGUUUGGAUCCCAAACAAAGAAUAUUUUUUGGGUCUUAGUAUAUUUCUUGGAACACCCAGUAUUGUAGGCAAUAUUUUACACCUCUUAUAUGGUUCUCUGACAACUCCUGCAAGCUGGAAUUCUCCUUUGAGGACUGGAGAAAAAUACCCACUCAUUGUCUUUUCUCAUGGUCUCGGAGCCUUCAGGACGAUUUAUUCUGCUAUUGGCAUUGGCUUGGCAUCUAAUGGGUUUAUAGUGGCCACUGUCGAACACAGAGACAGAUCUGCAUCGGCAACUUACUUUUUUGAAGACCAGGUGGCUGCAAAAGUGGAAAACAGGUCUUGGCUUUACCUGAGAAAAGUAAAACAAGAGGAGUCGGAAAGUGUCCGGAAAGAACAGGUUCAGCAAAGAGCAAUAGAAUGUUCCCGGGCUCUCAGUGCGAUUCUUGACAUUGAACAUGGAGACCCAAAAGAGAAUGUACUAGGUUCAGCUUUUGACAUGAAACAGCUGAAGGAUGCUAUUGAUGAGACUAAAAUAGCUUUGAUGGGACAUUCUUUUGGAGGAGCAACAGUUCUUCAAGCCCUUAGUGAGGACCAGAGAUUCAGAUGUGGAGUUGCUCUUGAUCCAUGGAUGUAUCCGGUGAACGAAGAGCUGUACUCCAGAACCCUCCAGCCUCUCCUCUUUAUCAACUCUGCCAAAUUCCAGACUCCAAAGGACAUCGCAAAAAUGAAAAAGUUCUACCAGCCUGACAAGGAAAGGAAAAUGAUUACAAUCAAGGGCUCAGUGCACCAGAACUUUGACGACUUUACUUUUGUAACUGGCAAAAUAAUUGGAAACAAGCUGACACUGAAAGGAGAAAUCGAUUCCAGAGUAGCCAUCGACCUCACCAACAAAGCUUCGAUGGCUUUCUUACAAAAGCAUUUAGGGCUUCAGAAAGACUUUGAUCAGUGGGACCCUCUGGUGGAAGGAGAUGAUGAGAACCUGAUUCCUGGGUCACCCUUUGACGCAGUCACCCAGGUCCCGGCUCAGCAACACUCUCCAGGAUCACAGACCCAGAAUUAGAAGAACUUGCUUGUUACACAGUUGCCUUUUAAAAGUAGAGUGACAUGAGAGAGAGAGAGAGAGAGAGCGCACGCGCGCGCGCGCGCGCGCGCGAGCAAUGUAUUUACCCAAAUAAGCAUUUUUUAAAUAUACACUGUACUGUAGGAUAGUGAUGAACGCCUAGCCUAAGAUUUUUUUCCCCCUGUAAAUGUAACGAAUAUAAAAUAGAGAAUACAAAAAUGAU